CCUAACCUCUGUCGUCGUAUUGUGACGCGGUUCGAUGUGUCGACACUUCGAGCUGCAGGCCGAGGAAAACACGGGUGUUUAAAGUGACCGAGAAACCGAUACGCCAACAAGAUGUCCGGAUACACAGGCCAGGACAAUUACUGGACGCAACCGCCGCAAGGUCAAUCACCCCAGAGCCAGUAUUACUUCGAGUCGCCCGGUUUCGAGCAACCUAACCAACAGUUCGACUUCCAACCGUACGGCGAUCAGCCCUACGGCGAAUAUUCGAGCACGCAAAAGGGCUUCCUGGAUCCUACACAGAGCUCAUACACCGGCGACAUGUUCGCGCAGGAUGAUUAUGGAAAAGGCAAUAGCGGCUUCAGCGAAGAAGAAGACGAGCCACCUCUGUUAGAGGAGCUGGGUAUCGACCCCGACAGGAUAAUGCAAAAGACCCUGGCUGUGCUGAAUCCUUUUCACAGGAGGGGACAAAUCGACGAUGCGAAUUAUCUGCUGCAAGACUCGGAUCUGGCAGGGCCAGUGGCGUUCUGCCUGGUUCUUGCCGCGUUUCUCUUAUUGGCUGGCUCGAAAGCGCACUUCGGUUACGUGUACGGCCUGGCCUUGACCUCCUGCAUACUCAUGUACAUCUUACAGUCGUUGAUGAGCAGCAACAGUAACGUCACCUUGUCGUCAGUCGCGUCCGUACUGGGUUACUGUCUCUUACCGGUCGUCGUGCUGGCUGGCUUCAGCGUCUUCGCCACGCUGCGCGGCCCGAUCGGCUUGGUCUGCGCGAUCUUGGCCGUCGUCUGGGCAGCUCUGUCCGCCUCCAGGCUCUUUUCCACGAUGUCCGGGGAGCAAGACCAGCAGUUGCUCAUAGCGUACCCGUGUCUGCUCCUUUAUGGCGUGUUUACGUUGAUAAUUAUAUUUUAAAGGAGCAAAAGUUGAACGAUAAAUGUGCACGACUUUGUUUCGUCUAACUUCUCGGAUCCCGGAUAGGAAGCGAAUGUUUCUUGAGUAGUCAAGUUGGUACUAAUUCAAUACAAUAGAUUAAAAAAAAACCUCUAAACUUAUUUAUCUGAAGUGAUUCUCAUAGUUGAAAUUUAUGGAUAAUAAGUUUAUAUCAUCGUAUGUUACUGCAUUACUGGUAACAAACUGUAGAACUGUUAAUAACAAACUGUACUUGAAAGAUGUAUAAUUCAUUGGUUUUAUCGUAUCUUAAAGGAAUUCUAGAAUUAUUUAUAUAGCGAGCAUAUUUCCAGGAAGAUGCUUGAUUUUAACAAGGGAAGAAAGCAAUGUAAGCGCUUGCUGCAAGUGUGAUUGCAAGCAUUAGAUUAAGUUAUUUGCUAUACAUUUCUAAAUAAACUAUAUGAUACUUGCA